AGAGUUGGCAGGCUCUGUGGUUCAGGAUAUGAUUUUAGUAUCCUGCCGCUGUCUGUCUUUUCGCUUUUGGGCUAGAUAAGCAACAUCUUCUGCUUCCCAAGCGACUGUUUUGUGAGGUUUCUACUCUCAUCACCUGGAAUUCACAUCUGAAACUGUCAAGGCUAGAUAGCGAAGGCAUGUGCCUGUUACUCCAGCCCUAGCCCACCCUGACCAAGUGAAGUCUGCAGGGAGAUGGGAUCAGAGGAGCAGAGCUCAGCCAUGUCACAGAAGAUCUCCUCUCCCUCCCGCAGCAACAGCAGCUCCUCGUCCAAACAUGACAGCCGACAGGAUAGCUGGGAAAUAGUGGAGGGCCUGCGUGGAGGCUUCAGCAGUGUCCAGGAGCCACAGAAGCAGGAGGGCUACAUGCUGAAGAAGAGGAAGUGGCCCAUGAAGGGUUGGCAUAAGAGAUACUUCUUCCUGGACAAGGGCAUCCUGAAGUAUGCCAAAUGCAGUGCUGAUAUUGAGAAGGGAAAGCUGCACGGCUGCAUUGACGUGGGCCUCUCCGUCAUGGCCAUUAAAAAGAAAGCCAAGUGCAUCGAUCUUGACGCUGAAGAAAACAUCUAUCACUUGAAGAUUAAGUCACAGGAGCUGUUUGAUGAAUGGGUGUCCAAGCUGCGCCAUCAUCGUCUCUAUCGGCAAAAUGAGAUUGCCAUGUACCCUAAUGAGAAGCCCUACUACUAUCCUCACUACCCUUCCCCCAACUCACCUAACACAGCUGAAGGUGCCUCCAUGAGAAAGCGCAUGUCUGUAGCCCGGCAGUCCUCAGUGCAUGCUGCAGGAAGCAUCCCUGUGAGCUGCAACAGUCAGGCCAAGGUAGCUGCCUGGCUCCAGUCAUCUGACGACAUGGACAAGUGUUCCAAAGACAUAUCAGUGUGUGAGUCCUUACUUCUGGAACUCAACCACCUGCUUCAAAGUAUGGAGGUUCUCCACCGUACCUACUCUGCUCCAUCUAUACAGGCCUUGCAGGCAUCUACAUUUGACAGCCCCAAGAAAGAAAAAAGACUCACAAGGAAAUGGCGCUCAAAGAACUACAACAAAGAUGCAAAAACAACUCUGCAGGUUCCCAGCUGCAUCUCCUCCGGCUCUGUUCGCCUCCAUGCCUCCAACCCCAACCUCUCCACUGCUGCCCUGGGCAAUGACAAGGCCUACCCUGAAUCCCUAGACUCCCCCAUUGACGUGGCCAAACUGCAGGAAGACUUUUGCCGCGUUGCCAACAGUUUGCACACCACCAUGAAGUCAGCCCUUAGUGCACUAACGUCAGAGAGAGAGAGAUUAACAAAAUUUCUGGACCAUGAAACAUGUCCUCCUACCCCACCACAUGUUGUGGGUUUGAAGAAUGCACUUGCCACGGCUUUAGCCCAGAACUCAGAGCUGAGAGAGCGCCUGUGCAAGAUUCAUGCCGAGUCCCACAUCGUAGAACCCACACUAAUAAAUCUUACUGCCCCUGUGCAGAAACAGGACUCCAUGGAAGAAUCUCGUCCGCUAGUGCACCAAGUGUCCAAUGAGAGCCGAGCCUCUGUUGCGGAGUCGCUGACUGAGUUCUUUGACGCACAAGAAGUUUUGUUGUCUGCCAGCUCCUCUGAAAAUGAGGCAUCAGAAGAUGACUCAAACAUCAGCGACUUCAGUGACAACAUGUCCAUGGACAACUUCAGCAACGAGACAGAAUGUGAGAGACCAAACUCAGGCUGUGUGGAGAACGGGGCGCACAUGAGUCGGCGCAGAUCCUGCCUGCCCUCGCCCUGCCCCAACAACAGCUCCAUCAGCCUGUGGAACAUCCUCAGGAACAACAUUGGCAAAGACCUGUCCAAGGUGGCAAUGCCAGUACAGCUUAAUGAGCCACUCAACACCCUCCAGAGACUGUGUGAGGAGCUGGAGUACAGCGAGCUGCUAGACAGAGCUGCGAACACACAGGACCCUUUUGAGAGGAUGGUAUACAUAGCUACGUUUGCUGUAUCAGGGUACGCAUCCAGUUACUACAGAGCGGGUGGGAAGCCUUUCAACCCUGUCCUGGGUGAGACCUACGAGUGUGACCGGCCGGACAAAGGCUUCCGCUUUGUUGCAGAACAGGUCAGCCAUCACCCUCCUAUCUCAGCUUGCCAUGCUGAAUCUAAAAACUUCAUUUUCUGGCAAGAUAUUAGAUGGAAGAACAAAUUCUGGGGAAAGUCGAUGGAGAUUGUUCCCAUUGGCACCACACAUGUAACUCUGCCGGGAUUUGGAGACAGCUAUGAGUGGAACAAGGUGACGUCCUGCAUCCACAACAUCCUUAGUGGUCAGCGCUGGAUAGAGCACUACGGCGAGAUCGCCAUCAAAAACUCUAGCAGUGACAUCUGCCAGUGCAAGAUCACAUUUGUCAAGGCCAAAUACUGGAACUCAAGUGUGAAUGAGGUGGAGGGAACCAUUACAGAUCAUAAAGGGAAGGUCGUCCACAGACUGUUUGGAAAAUGGCACGAAGCAGUUUUCUGCGGUGACCCACCCUCAGCCACUUGCAUUUGGAGAGCAAAUGCAGUGCCAGUGGACCAUGAGCAGUAUUAUGGCUUCACCAAAUUUGCUAUUGAGCUGAAUGAGCUGGACCCAUCCCUGAAACUGCUGCUACCACCCACAGACACCAGACUACGCCUGGACCAAAGAUUGCUGGAGGAGGGAAAUGUAGAGGCCGCCGAGGAGCAGAAACAGAGGAUUGAACAGCUGCAGAGAGAGAGGCGGAGAAUCCUAGAAGAGAACAACAUAACACAUCAACCUAGAUUCUUCAGGAAGUCAAAGGACGAUACUUGGGUUAGCAAGAACACUUACUGGGAGCUGCGGAAGGACCCUGGCUUCGCCCGGGUAGACUGCCCCGUGCUGUGGUGAUCCCUGAGCUGCAGAUCACACACAUUUGGACCUGCUGUUUCUACUGUGACCCAGGCUGGUUCUGGUGAUGCCUGACAGCCCUGCCAUACGUCAUUCCACAUUCAUUACUGAUUGUCUUUGUUAUUGCAGUUUAUCGAAACGUAUUGCCUUAAUAGCAACUGCUUAGCUAUGUUGUGUAAACAUUUUUAUGCAAGCAAAUUAUUAGAAUGUCCCAUACAUUUAUACAUUGAGGCAGGUUUUGCCCAGUUUUCCACCUGUUAUGUUGCACUGUACCGAUGAAACUGACCAUAGAAAAUUUACUUACAGUACAAAACACAACUAAGGAGUUCUGCAGAUUAAAAGAAGAAUCCUUUUGUUUGUUAAGCUUAAUCUGUAUGGUCACUUUAGCCGUCACCUUUACAUGGACAUUCUCUACCUCUGAGGUGAACUAGCCUAGUGUACGCAUCCAGUAUUUAUUCUGCACCUGUCUGAUGCCUUACUGGUUCAUCUUCUAUCAUUUAAUGAAUUUAUUUUUGGUGCAUCUGUUAUUUAGAUGUUAAAAAUGUAUGUUUUAUUAAGGAGUCAAGAACAACUAGAAUUGUUCAAAUGACCUUGAAAUCCUUACUGAAUCCUGCCUUUGUUUUCUGGUUUUGUAUUUUUGUUUGUUUUUCUCACAACAGUAAUUAUGACUGCUUUUUGCUCAGACUGUAUGAGUGAAUGCUCAACUGUGAGUAACAGAAGGAAAUUCCAAAUCAAGUCACACUUCACUUUUUCCAUUGCUCAGCUGUCUGCUCGGAGACUCAGCCAUGGGACCUAAGUGGGCAAGCCUUUGCUCCGUG